AUGCUGACCGAAUUCGACGAAACAUGUGGAUGCAUCGGUCUUCAGCUGAAUCUACAAAAGACGAUGUUCAUGCGGAACGGAUGGGUCUCGGAUGCCCCAUUCACGCUCAACGGAACAAACAUAUCCGAAUGCACCAGCUACGUUUAUCUGGGUCGGGAACUAAACAUGAUGAACGACCUGACCCCCGGGGUGCUGGGCAGGAGGAGACGAGCGGCUUGGGGAGCGUACAAGAGCAUCGAGGAUGUAGUGAAGAAGACCAGGAACACCCGGCUCCGUGCUCACCUCUUCAACACCACCGUACUUCCUGCUUUGACCUAUGCUUCGGAAACCUGGGCAUUUCGCAAUCAGGAAGAAAACGCGGUGAGCGUCAUUGAACGCGCAAUUGAGAGAGUGAUGCUAGGAGGAUCCCGUUUCACGCAAGUGAGGGACGGGAGUCGAAGUUCUCUCCUACGUCAGCGAUCGAAGAUUAGAGACGCCGCCGCGUUUGCCAAGAAAAGUAAAAUAAGGGGUUCCUCAGUGAUCGCUAUCAUACUGUACAUCGCUAUAUGGAGAAAAGUAAAAUACGAAGGAGAAGCAAAAUUUUCUCCGAAUGACAAAAAAAAAGAUUUUGACCCUGUAAAAAUGUGUUCAAACCGAUACUACUGGGAUCGCACGGUUGUCAAAGUGUUCUUCAUUUGCUGUGCUCUACCAUUCUUUUUCGCUCUGCCCAGUCUGCUAUUUACUGUUCUCACAGAGCUUCAAAUCUACCAAAAUUCGGUUGUAAACAUCAUUAGCAUGGUAAUCCUGGAUCUUACUACUCCUAUCAUUUGGUUCGUAUACAUCGCCUACAUCGCACAUAUUCGUCGCGGCCUCUCCGAGUGCCUCUGUUUCUGCAGUGGUCACUAUCGUUCAAAUCGGACUACUAUUAGCCAGUAA